GAAAGGAGCCGGCUUUGUGAAAACGCCUCGAUACUUCAGGAAAACUUUUUUAUUUAGUAGUUUGACAGAUGCUGUGUGGCAAAGCAUGAAAACAAUCUUUGGAUAAUCCGUUUUUCACGUUGUUUUUGUGAUGCUGGGACUUUCAUCUCCCAAAAAACAAGGACUUAAGUUACUGACAAUCUCUGGGAUUUGAUUUAACUUUGUUUAUCUCAAGCAGUGGAUAUUUUUUAGGAGCGCAAUCAUUUUCUUUUUUCACACCUUUUCCUUUUUUUCCUCCAUUUUCCACCGGUUGGUCUUUGGUUUGUUAGUUUUGUUGGUUAUUAUCAUCAUCAAAGCUCCCAGGGUCAUGUAAGGAGCCGUUCCUCCGGCCCUGGAUCCCUCUCAUCACCUGUCGACAAGCCGAAGCAAAUCCCUUCGUUAAGACGCACAGGUUUCAGCCAUGUUACGGUGCGUUCUUCAGCGAGCCAACAACCUGAGACACUCUGACCCUCUGGCUAGUGUCACAUUCAGAGGGUCUAAGAAGAAGACGAAGGUCAUCAAGAACAACCCCAACCCUGUUUGGAACGAGGGAUUUGAAUGGGACCUGAAGGGGAUCCCUCUGGACUCUGGAGCAGAGCUGCACUGUGUCGUCAAAGACCAUGAGAAGAUGGGGCGAAACAGGUUUCUUGGGGAAACCCGGCUUGCUCUCAGAGACGUGCUCAACUCUCCCAACUUGGCCGCCACCUUCACCAUCUCCCUGCUGGACACCAAAAGAAACAACACAGGGGCCACACUGACCCUGCAGGUUUCCUACAUCCCUCCUCCAGGAGCGGCUCCAGUAUUUCAGCCUCCUCCUCAGCCUGAGCCUCUGCCCCAUAACAACCCCAGUGUGGAGCUGGACACUGUCACAAUGAUUUCUCUGGACACUCUGGGCGAGGAGGACACAGAGAGUAUGAUGAUGCUGGAGCCGACAGAGGACCAGGGUCCCGACGACGGACGCUCCAUGGUCAUCGUCGGUCCUCAGGGGCCCUCUGGCCACGAGUCCCCCGCCGCCCAGACACCUAAACGCUCACCACCAUCCUACAACACCCACGGAGGGCUGAGGAAGCGGAGGAGAGGAGCCAGCAGUCAGCCCAAACCGCUGCCCAAUAAACCACAGGACUUACAGGUUCGUGUGCGGGUCAUCGAGGGCCGACAGUUGCCGGGCAUCAACCUCAAGCCUGUUGUCAAGGUAACAGUAGCUGGGCAGACCAGGAGGACCCGCAUCAGAAAGGGCAACAACCCGUUCUUUGAUGAGACGUUCUUCCUGAACUUCUUCGAGACUCCUUCAGAUUUGUUUGAUGAACCCAUCUUCAUCACUGUGUGUGACUCCCGCUCGCUCAGAACUGAUGCUGUGAUCGGAGAAUUCAAGUUGGAUGUGGGCACCGUCUACAAUGAGCACAGACACUGCUUCUUGAGAAAAUGGCUGCUGCUCUGUGACCCCGACGACCUGUCUGCCGGGGUCAAAGGUUACCUGAAGGUCAGCCUGAUGGUUUUGGCAGCUGGAGACGAGCCACCGGCCGAUAAACGUGAGUGUGUGGAGGACAAAGAGGAUAUAGAAGGAAACCUGCUGAGACCGGCUGGUCUGUCCCUGAGAGGAGCCAGUUUCUCCCUGAGGAUCUUCAGAGCUGAAGACCUGCCACAAAUGGACGACGCCUUCAUGGAUGGGAUGAGGCAGAUUCUUGGGUUCGACAGCAACAGGAAGAACCUGGUGGAUCCUCUGGUGGAAAUCCACUUCGCUGGCAAAACUGUUUGCACUAAGAUUCUGGAGAAGAACGCCAAUCCACAGUGGAACCAGAGUCUGACCAUGCCUGUCAGGUUUCCCUCCAUGUGUGAGAAGAUGAGGAUCAGAAUUCUGGACUGGGACAGAGCCAGUCACAAUGAUGUCAUCAGCACCACCCACCUCUGUAUGUCUAAGAUCUCUGCCCCCGGCGGAGAGAUAGAUGUGGAUGACAGUCUCGGUUUCCUGCCAACGUUUGGUCCUUGUUUUGUCAACCUGUACGGCAGCCCCAGAGAGUUCACCGCCUUCAACGAUCCGCACGAAGUGCUCAACCUCGGAAAAGGGGAGGGCGUGGCGUACCGAGGUCGAGUCUUACUGGAACUAACCACAAAACUCGUGGACAAGCCGGAGCAGAGGACUGAAGACAUACCAUCAGAUGACCUGCUGGUGGUGGAGAAGUUCCUCAGGAAGAGGAAGUUCUCUCUCUUUGUAGCGUUUUACUCUGCCACGCUCCUCCAGGACGUGGACGACGCCAUCCAGUUCGAGGUCAGCAUCGGGAACUAUGGCAACAGGUUCGACUACACCUGCCUCCCUCUGGCCUCCACCACCCAGUACAGCAGGGCGGUGUUUGACGGUUGCCACUACUACUACCUCCCCUGGGGAAACGUGAAGCCGGUGGUGGUCCUGUCUUCAGAGUGGGAAGAUAUCAAACCGAGGAUCGAGGCUCUCAACAUGCUGCUGGCCGUCAUAGAGAGACUGGAGGAGAACCUGCAGCGGGUGCAGCUGGAGGUGAAGGCGGGCAGUGAUCUGGAGGAGGUGGAGCUCCGAGUGGUCGAGCUGUUGGAUCAGAUCAUCACAGACUGCAGUGAAGAGCUACCCUCUCUGGACCAGUGGCAGUGCGCGACCCCUCUGGACCGCUCCCUGAGGCACAUUCGCACUCUCCACCUGCAGCAGAUUGUCGCGGCGGCCGAGGCUCUGAAGCACGGACCUGCCACUGAGCUGUCCACGGUGCUGGAGCAGGCUGAGGACUGGGCCAGCAGGCUGAGGACAAUGGCCGAGGAGCCUCAGAACAGCCUCCCAGACAUCGUGAUAUGGAUGCUGCAGGGUGACCGCCGGGUGGCGUACCACCGCAUCCCAGCACACACUGUCAUCUUCUCCCAGCAGCACUGUGGGAAACACUGCGGACAGCUGCAGACUGUCUUUCUAAAGAACCCACAGGGCAGCGGCGGAGAGGCCAAACUUCCCGGUCAGCUGAGGGUCAAAGUCUGGUUUGGAUUGGCUGCUGACGUCAAACACUUCAACCAAUACGCUGAAGGGAAACUGUCAGUCUUUGCUGAGACGUAUGAGAACCAGACCCGACUGGCCCUGGUGGGCAGCUGGGGAACUACAGGUCUGACCUAUCCAAAGUUCAGUGACGUCACUGGAAGAAUCAAACUGCCCAAAGAGAGCUUCAAACCCUCGCCUGGCUGGACCUGGGCUGGAGACUGGUACAUCAGUCCCGAGAAGACACUGCUGUUUGACGUGGACGCUGGUCACAUGACCUUCUCAGAGGAAGUGUUUGAGAACCAGAUGAGGUUACCAGGCGGACAGUGGAUCGGUAUGCCGGAGGGUUACACUGACGUGAAUGGGGAGAAGGCUGUGCCAAAGGACGAGGUGGAGUGUCCUCCAGGGUGGGCGUGGGAGGAAGUGGAGUGGAGCGAAGAUCUCAACAGAGCUGUGGAUGACCAAGGAUGGGAGUACGGCAUCACCAUCCCUCCGGACCGCCGUCCCAAGUCGUGGGUGCCGGCAGAGAAGAUGUACCACACCAACCGAAGGCGACGAUGGAUACGAAUGAGACGGCGAGACCAGCAGAAGAUGGACGCCCUCAGAAAGCAACGUCCGGACGAGACAGAGAGGGAGGGCUGGGAGUAUGCGUCGCUCUUCGGCUGGAGGUUCCACCUGAAGCCCAGGAAGACAGACAGCUUCAGGAGACGCAGGUGGAGGUGCCGCAUGGAGCCGCUGGAGAAGACAGGACCCGCGGCCAUCUUUGCUCUGGAGUGUUCUUUGAGCAGUAUAGAGGACAAGAAUGACGACAAGUCCGUCACCACCACAUUCGGAGUCAACAGACCGACCAUUUCCUGUUUCUUUGACCGCGGAACCCGCUACCACCUGCGCUGCUACCUGUACCAAGCCAGAGACCUGCUGGCCAUGGACAAAGACAGCUUCUCAGACCCGUACGCCAUUGUGUCGUUCCUCCAUCAGUCCCAGAAAACAGUGACGGUGCGUAACACUCUGAAUCCCACCUGGGACCAGACGCUCAUCUUCUAUGAGGUGGAGAUUUGUGGCGACCCCGAGGCCACGAUGGCCAAUCCGCCCAACGUGGUGGUGGAGCUUUACGAUCAGGACACAUACGGCGCAGAUGAGUUCAUGGGCCGCUGUGUGUGCCAGCCCACCCUCACCACCUCCCCCCAGCUGGCCUGGUUCCCGAUUCGCCAAGGGGACAAGAACGCCGGCGAGCUGCUGGCCGCCUUUGAACUGAUACGCAGAGAAAAGCCAGCGGUUCAUCAUAUCCCAGGUCAAGAGGGAGACAUCAUGACCUCCACCCACGUUCUAGAUGAGUUGAUGUUUCCGGGAUUCCUCUCUGAAAACCUGCAGCAAUGGCCGGAGGAGUCGGACCUCCCGCACCCGCCCCCUCAGAGAGAGCCCAACGUCUUCGUGGUUCCUCAGGGAAUCAAACCUGUUCUGCAGAGAACCGCCAUCGAGAUCUUGGCGUGGGGCGUCCGCAACCUGAAGAGUUUCCAGUUGGCGAGCAUCACCUCCCCGAGCCUGCAGGUGGAGUGCGGAGGCAUCAUGGUCCAGAGCUGCGUCAUCCGCAGCAUGAAGAAGAAGCCCAACUUCGACGUCAACAUGCUCAUCCUUGAUGUGAGACUUCCCUGCGAGGAGCUCUACAUGCCGCCAAUCGUCAUCAAAGUCAUCGACAACCGUCAGUUUGGGAGGAAGCCGGUAGUCGGUCAGUGCACCAUCCGGUCGCUGGAGGAGUACCGGUGCAGCCUGGAGGAGGAACAAGCAACAGAGGAGGAGGAAGAGGAGGAAUGGAGACGUGAGACACCCCAGUUAAUUUCUGGGGAUGUUUUCAUUGACAUUGAUGACGAGGAGCCGCUCGUGCCUGACCAGGAAGAGGAGUUCAUGGACUGGUGGAGUAAGUUCUACGCCUCGACCGGAGAGAAAAACAAGUACGGGACAUACCUGGAGAGAGGCUACGACACGCUGAAGGUGUAUGACCGGGAGUUAGAGAAGGUGGAAGAUUUCAAUGGUCUCUCAGAUUUCUGUCAGACUUUCAAGCUGUACAGAGGAAAGACUCAGGAUGAAGGAGAAGAUCCUUCAGUGGUGGGAGAGUUCAAGGGUAUGUUCAAGAUCUACCCCCUGCCGGAAGACCCCUCCGUCCCCCCUCCCCCCAGGCAAUUCAGAAAACUUCCUCCAAACGGCAUAGAGGAAUGUCUGGUCCGAGUCUACAUCAUCCAGGCUCAAGGACUGCAGCCCAAAGACACCAAUGGGAAGUGUGACCCCUAUGUAAAGAUCACUUUGGGGAAAAAGACCAUCAACGACCAUGAAAACUACAUCCCCUGUACACUGGACCCUGUCUUUGGAAAGAUGUUCGAGCUCACCUGUUCGCUCCCUCUGGAGAAGGACCUCCGGGUGAUGCUGUACGACCACGACAUGCUCACCAAAGACGAGAAGAUCGGAGAGACGGUGAUCGACCUGGAGAACCGCUUCCUGUCCAAAUAUGGAGCCAUGUGUGGCCUGCCGCAGUCCUACUGCGUGUCAGGGGUAAACCAGUGGCGAGACCAGCUGACACCCAGGCAGCUGCUGCACAAAGUGUGUGAGCGACGAAACCUGCAAAAGCCCGUCUACCAAGACGACGUGGUCCACUUCAGAGGGGACCAGUACACCGCUGCAGACCUUGAGGACAAAAACAUGUCCAAACAUCAUCUCGGUCCAAUUAAGGAGCGACUGGCCCUCCUCAUCUUGAGGAAGAUGGGGUUUGUACCUGAACACGUGGAGACCAGAGCGCUGUACAGCCCACUGCAGCCCGACAUCCAGCAGGGCCGUCUGAUGAUGUGGGUGGACCUGUUCCCCAAGUCGCUGGGACUGCCUGGACCCCCGUUCAACGUCACCCCACGCAAGGCCAAGAAGUUCUUCCUGCGUUGCAUCAUCUGGAACACCAGUGAUGUCAUCCUGGAUGAUGUCAGUCUCAGCGGGGAGAAAAUGAGUGACAUCUACGUUAAGAGCUGGCUCGACGGACACGAACACAACAAGCAGAAGACCGACGUCCACUACCGCUCACUGGGCGGGGAGGGAAACUUCAACUACAGAUUCCUGUUUCCUUUCCACUACUUACCUGCUGAGCAGCUCUGUGUCAUCGACAGGAAGGAACAUUUCUGGAGUCUGGAUAAAGCUGAGACCAAACUGCCUCCUAAACUGACCAUCCAGAUCUGGGACAAUGACAAGUUCUCCUUCGACGACUACCUCGGUCACCUGGUGAUGGACCUGAACCACAUGCUGCGCCCCGCCAAGUCUGCAGAGAAAUGUAACCUGCAGCUGCUGGAGCAGCCGGCGGAUAAACUGGUGUCUCUGUUCGAGCAGAAGACCGUCAAAGGAUGGUGGCCCUGCACCUGCGAGCAAAACGGAGAGAAGAUCCUCGCUGGGAAGGUGGAGAUGUCUCUGGAGAUCGUGACGGAGCAGGAGCAGGAGGAGAGACCGGCUGGACUCGGGAGAGACGAACCCAACAUGAACCCUCACCUGGAGGAGCCUCAGCGCCCAGAGACCUCCUUCCUGUGGUUCUCCUCCCCCUAUAAGACUCUCAAGUUCAUCCUUUGGAGGCGGUUCAAGUGGUUCAUCAUCCUCUUCAUUAUUCUCUUCUUCAUCUUACUCUUCCUCGGCGUCUUCCUCUACUCCUUCCCGAACUACGCUGCCAUGAAGAUGGUGGGACCUUUCGGACCGGCCAAGGCAGCAGAGUGACGAUAGAGGAGAGACGAGGAAAGUGGAGAGAAUAAACAGAAGAAAGAAAACGAGCUGAAGAACAACGUUUAUACGAGUGAAAUGAGGCUGAAUUUAACCAGUUUUCAUGCCAUUCUUCUUCCUUUCCCCGAGUCUUUAAAACAUCUUGCUAAAGUUGGGAGCGAAAACUGCAGUGAUGAACUCGUGAACUUUCGUCUGACUGUUCCAGAUAAGUUUACACUCUCUUUUGUACAGAUAGACCUGAUUAGCAAUAGUGCCCGAGGUUCACAAACACCUCCGACACGACGAGCGAGUGUGUUUUCCAUUUGUGCCUUCACCGUCUCCCCUCUCAUCACAAACGCCGCAUUACUGUACCGAACGUUCUCAUCAGAUCUCAGCAUGUGUCGCCCGCGUCCUCGUCGUCCCUCCGUCUCCUCCGCCCUCACGCUGAGAAGAAGGGGAAUAAAAGCUCAUCGCCAAACGUUGCCAUGUUCGGGAGAAAGAAAAAAAACAGAAUCAAAGAUUGUGAUGUUGUUGCCUGAUCUUUUCACCACCUGCUGUUUCCCCCCGGCGGCGCUGAGGCACAGUCAGGUCAGGCAGCGGUGACUGAACGGCUUCAAACCGUCAAACUUUUAUCAUCUAAAGAUUCAGUGUUUAUGAAGAAGAAGCUUAAAAACAAUGGUGAUCCUAUUCUCUGUACAGUAUGACAUCAUUUCUACAUGUGCUGCCUUCAAGUGCAAUCAGAAAAGUCGUUAAAUGUACAACUUGAUAUCUUAUGUUAUCUGCUUUAUUGUCUUAUCUGGUUUGUCUCAGAAGUUACCAGUUUAAAUAUAGCGUUUAAAAAUCCAAGCUGCGUUCACAAUCACCUCCUCACAUGUACAUGUUUAACCUCCACGUUGUAAAGUUACUUCCUGCUUCUCCUCUUCUUCCCUUUCCUCUUUCUCCUCAGCCUCACCUUCUUUUUUCCUCCUGCUUUGCUGCCCCUCCAUGUCCUUUUCCUCCCUUCCCAUUCCCCUCCUUCCUUUUAAACCUUCGUCUAUCCUCCUUUAUCUCAUUGUGCUCUUCCUCUUCUUCUCCCCAGUCUCAUUUUCUUCCUUCUCUCCUCCCCGUUUCCUUUUCAUCCUCAUUUCCUCCUCCUUUGCUUUCCCUCCACUUACUUUUCCUCCUGUUCCUCCUCCUCUUCUUCCCUUCUCUUCCUUUUUAUCCUCCUCUCUCCUUUGCUCCUCUAUCCUCCUUCAUCUCAUUAUGUUCUUCCUCCUCUUCUCCUAAGUCUUGACUUCUUCCAUGUCCUUUUCAUCCUUCCUUCCUGUUCCCUUCCUUCCUUUUUAACCUCCUCCUCCUCUUCCCCUUUGCUACCCUUCCUCUAUCCUCCUUUUCCAAAUGUCUUCUUGCUUCUUCUUUUGCUCCUGUUCUUCCUCCUCCUCCUCCUCUCUUUUACACCUCUUCUUCUAUCCUCCUUUAUCCCAUUGUGUUCUUCCUCUUCUUCCCUUUCCAUUUCCUCAUUAGCCUUACCAUUUCCCUGUUUUCAGAUUGUUUCCUCUCCUCUUCCUCCUCAUUGCCUCCUCCUCCUCCUUUCCUGACUCCUAUCAUUCUUCCUCCUCUUCUCCCCAUCUUCUCACUUCUCCACCUUUGCUUUCUUUUAUCCUCAUUUCCUCCUCCUUUGCUUUCCCGCCACUUAAUUUUCCUCCUCUUCUUCCUCCUUUUCUCCCCCGCCUAGUCUUCUACGUCCUCCUGUUCCUCCUUCCUUCCUUUUUGUCCUCACCCCCCUCAUUUUCUCCUCCUCUUCUCACUUGUGUCCUUUCUUCUGUCCUCCUUUAUCUUAUUAUAUCUUCUUCCCAUCUUCCCUUUUUUUUCUCCUCCUCUUCAUUUCCUCCUUUUUCUUUCAGUCUCCUUAACUUCCUUGUCCUGCUUUAAAUUAUUUCUCCUCCCCCCUUCAUUCCUUUCUUCUUUCCCUCCAUCUCUCCCUACACUUCUUUCACCUCCUGCAUUAACCACCUCUUCUUCCCAUCCUCCUUUUUCCCUCCUCCUCCUCUGCCACCUUCUCAGUUUUUCCUCUCCUUCAUUUUCAUCCUCCUCCUUUCUUCUGCCGUUCCUCCUCUUUUUCAUUCAUCCUUUAUCUUUGCGUCUCCCCAACUUCCUCGUCCUGCUUAAAAUUAUAUCUUCCUCCUUCUUCACCUCCCCUUCAUGCCUUUCCUAUUCUCCUCCCUCUGUUUUUGCAUCUCCUUCUCCAUUUCUCUUUCCCACUGCAUAAAACUUCUCCUCCCUCCGUUUCCACUUCAUACUCUAUUUUUUCCUCCUCUUCACCUUCAUCCUCCUUUUCUCCCUUCUGCCUUUUGCAUCCUCCUGCAUGUCAUUGUGUUAUUCAUCCUCUUCGUCGUCCUCUCAUGUCCUCCUUCCUCGUUUCCUCCUUUUCCUUUGCUUCUCUCCGGUCAUUCUUUUCUUACUUCCCUUCUUCUCCUCUUGCUCAAACUCUGUCUGCCGUCCUCUUCUCCCCAUCUUUCUUCUUGUUUUUUCCUCCUCCUCCUCCUCUUCUUCCUUCUCCUUUUUGUGUCCACCUGCAUCCCACUGUGUUCCUUCUCCUCUUCUUCAUCCUCCAUCGCCUCCUUUCUUUUUCCUUUGAGUCUACCUAAUUUCCUUGUCCUGGCUAAAGUUUUCUUCCUCCCUCUUUCCUUUCCUUUACUCUCACUUCCCUCCUUCUCUUGCUUCUCCUUAUUCAUUUCUGCCUCCUCUUUCCUCCCCUUCACCUCCACCCUCCUCGUCUUCCCUCUGCUCUUUGCGCCUAGUCUUUCAGCACUCUCAGGGUUCAGCAUGUUAAGUCAGGGAUUUGCUCUUGUUGAUCUCGGCGGUGGUUUAGGCUUUGAAAGUUUGUUUUAGACAGAUGGAUGUGCACAGAUAAGGACGACACACACACGCACACACACACUAAGACACACACAAAGUCCGAACAGGAAAGGUUAGAGGAGAGGGACUAAUCCGCCCAAGAUCUUACAGGAUUUCCUGAAGUACGUUUAUGAGCUCAUAAGUGUGUUUUUUGAAACUGAACACAAACAAGAGAGAGAUUUAACUCCACUCUCUUCUUCUCUUGUUUAAUUCUGCAUCUUCUCAGUGGUUCCCUCUAAAGUCCAAAGGCUGGGUGCGAUCACGUGUCCGUUUGUUAGUUUGCUUUGGUCCGCACCGGAGUGGAAAAGUUGACUUUGUCCCGUUUGGUUCGUUUGGGUUUCACACCAGCCAAUUACGAGCCAACCGGGCCUUGUAAACAAAAGUCACAAGCUCAUUUAUUGGACAGCGAGUUGGUCGUCCCGGCCAGGUCAGAGAGGGUUUACCUCCAGCUCUGCUAACCUCAGCAUAUAUCACAGUAAUUAACCUUUGAAAAUCACUUAACAGCACAUCGAAUCUGAGCACCGGUCCAGACUUUUACUCCAGAAUCCCGUUCGUUCGGCCCAGCUUUCCAAACACGAGCAACUCGCUCGCUAUCAGAUGUCAACAUUUGUCUCCUUGUGCCCAUAAAGUCAGGCAUUGUGAGUUGUUUCCUGCAGAGCUGAGACCGCUGUGCUGCUCCUGAGAAACCACUGCGCAGUUUGCUUGGAGGUGGGCAGAGACCAGUCAGUGCCAGUGUAGUUCAAAUGGGUUAGAAACAAACUAAAUGCAAAGACUGAAAGAAAGGAAAGCUCAUUGAGGUGCAUUUUAUUCAUUAGCAGAACACUAAAAAGCAUUAAGGCACUCCUGAGUUAAAUCAGGAGUGCCUUGAUUGUAUUCUAGUGAUUUAGUGACACUACAUUGGUCUAGUUUGAAUCAUGUUCGUUUUCUAUGCACCAUUUGGCUUCCCUGUUUGAAUGUAAGCAUUUCUUACUGCCUACUGGAUCCGGCUGUGAUAAUCUUCUACCAUUCAGCAGACCCUACGCACAGGGCCUAUGCCGUUGUGAGCAUUUAUACUUGUGCGGUGGUGUGUCUGUGUCACUCUGCAGUUACACCUCCAAAACACUAGUUGGUGGCAGAGGUUUCUGUGAAGUGCUGUGAAGUUAAGUUGAUUCAAAACACACAUUAAACACACAUUAAACAUGGCUUAAUAGAGACAAUUUCAAACACAAGUACACAAAUCAGCUUCACUAUAAAGGCCAAAACACACCGGCGCCAUACGACGCACGUCGACAUGCUGCGCCGCGGCACUUUACGCUAUUGUCCUAUUUUUCCAGUGUCGCCGCCCUUGAAAAAGCACUAUUUUGUACUUCCCAGCUCCCAUAGUUAAUUAAUAACAUAAAGACAACUACAAUAGGCAACGUACCGUUGUUGUCUAGUUGUCGUGGUCGUCCUGCAUUGUGUGUUUUCUUCUUGCGCCCCGUCUUCUUCCUCGUCUUUUGUUCUAAUUGGCGGUUGGCAACCAGUACCACGACCUAGCGGACUGGAGUGUGCAGUAGAAAUCCAGUUGACACCCCGCAGCACGACGCUUUUUGUGUGUGUUGGGGGCGGCACUUGACUCGCGUCAAUGACGCUGCCGUCAUAUGACGCCGCCGGUGUGUUUUGGCCUUAACUCGCAGCAUUCACAGACAAACACUUGUCUUUAUCUGGACACAUUUUCCAAGCAAAUACAACAUGCUAACGUUAUUAGCACAAGCCUAUGGCAUUUUACAUUGUAUAAAUUAGCCUAGCAGCUAGCAGCAACAUUUAACAAAGGUAACAUUACAAAUUUGGCUCCAUUACAACUCACAAGGUUCACCAACAAAACAACUGUCUUAUACUAAACACGUUUUCCAAACAAGUACAACAUGCUAACAUUAUUAGCACAAGCCUUUGGCAUUUUACAUUGUAUAAAUUAGCCUUAAUAAAGACUUAAUAAAAGCUUUGUUUCCACUGAGGGAAAUGGUUUCAGCUUACAGAAAAAGACAGGAGGUCUGUGUCACCGUGACGUGUAGUUACAUUUCUGGGGAGGUGCACGUCAGGCUGCGGUGUAGGAGAUGGUGUAGUCUCUACAUCAGCGCAGAGCCUGCGUCUUAGGUACAGCGUUGAUUCGAUGCAGAAGUAUAAAUCCCGUAUUACAAGGAUGAAGAUAGAGAUCCAAGUUAAGAAAACAUAAGACAACAUAAGAAAAAGAAAGUCUCCGAAGCAAGAAUUUGACAUCCACACGAUGAGUGAUCAAAAGCAAAAGUUAGAAGCAGAGCUUCACACCGCAACAACUGCAUCUGUUACCACAUCUAACUGUGCUAAAAACGUGUAAUUAUGCUUGUAGAAACUAUGCUAAAUUUUAAAUGCUUCUUUUCGCUCCUAAAGUGUUUCCAUUGGACUCUGAAACAGCGACAGAACUGAGUAGCGCAACCAGAACAUGACGCAGCCGGAUCCUGUGGGCACUGGCAGUUAGACACAACAAAGCUGGUUGUGAGACACUAAAAUCUGUUUUGAAAUAAGUUGUUUGAAGCAUUUGAUAGCUUUUAUUUUACUAUCAGUGUUAACUAGUGUUCGUACUUUAGGGUAUUUAGCUGUUGUUGGGUGAAUGGUUGGGUUUUCCUGCUUGGUGUUCUUUGGUUCAGGCCACCUCUCUGUCCAAAAUACGUGAUUUCAGUCAGGACAACUUUAGCCAAAUAAAACUUUAUUUUCAUUUGCAGUAUUAUAUUUGGCGGUAUAGCUCUGUUCUGGGGCCACUCUGCCUUUCCUCAGGCCUACCCAGAAAGCCUAAGAUGGAGAGAUCACUCCUUUCUGCCCUUCCAUGCGCCUACACAGAAAGCCAAAGGUGGAGAGAGCACACCUCUCUGCCCUUCUACAUGCAAACGAAGAAAACCUAAGGCAGAGAGAGCACACCUCACUGCCCUUCCAUGCGCCUACAUGGAAAGCCUAAGGCAGGGAGAGCAGCAGCAAAGACCCCACGGGAACAGAACAGAGCAGCAUCAAAGACAAACGGAAAUGACACUGAUAAGUCAGACACAGCAUGAAAAGGAGGAGCUGGGGUGGAGGUGGGUUGCAAAGCAGCUUGCAGAGGAAGCAGCAACAGCAGGCAGGCCAGAGCAGUUUAAAUAGGGCGCCCUGAAUGAGAUUCGCCAAGUGGUUGCAUAUAAAGGAAUCAUGUGAUCUAUCAGCUGACUCCCCUUGUCAGUUGAUUGGGCCGUUUGAGAUCAGCUGAUGUAGCUGGGAUGUGAGCUGAGCAUGACAUCGUGUCCUGCCUGAACUGACGCUGUGCUCAGUUUGUGAUUCUUCAAGCUGUUUACAUGAAGAAAUAACCUUGAAGUUUGAGUGAAGACUGAAAUUUACCACUUGCUGAAAAUGCGUCUUCAGAUACAAGGCAGAAAAAAUAAAAUAGGUGUCUUCUUCUUCACUUUAGAUGAUACAAAGUGACACAAAAUGGUUCAGCUCGGUCGAGAAUUUGCACGCUGCGCUUGAAUGAAAGCCAACGAGAUACCUGUGAGGACGUGGACGAGAAAAUUGUAUUUAGAUUUUUGUCUGGGUGUUUGCCUGAACAGAUGACGAGUUUAUUGACUUUUUUUGUAAGUGUAUUACUUGUGUUAGUGUGUUGAAGUAUCUGCAGUUAUAUAUUUGAAAGAGCUUUAAACGUCCUGCUGAUGUAAACCCACGAAGCCUCAAAAUGGAGAAACCUUAUUUGACAAUCCUGUCAUUAUCAGUGAAAGUGCUCUUUAUUAUUUUAUUCCAAGAUGCCUUCGUACCGCAAAGUAAACAUGAAUUCAGCACUGUUUUGCCCCGAUGUUAUCCCUGUCAGUAAAUGCAACGUGCCUUUAGCCUUUAGCUUUGCUGCCUUGACAUAACACUAACCUCAGCAGAGAGAUCGCAAACAACCAAAAUGCUGUUUUUUUAAUAGCUACGACUUCCAGUUGCCUUCAUGAUGCUUGCUGCUGUCUAAAUGAGCAUUCACCCAAAAAUUUUAAUUAAAAUUUGUCGUUUUUUUGGUGGCUAUGCACUGAAUUAAACUGCUUAACCAAUCUCUGAUGGGUUGAAACUUUUAGCUAACUUUCACCUCUGGCCACACCCCAAUCUGUGACGUCGCUAUAUUAUUUUUCCAUUAGCUGUCGAGGUCAGAAUACCUGCUAUGACAUCACUGAUCGGGGCUUGACCAGAGUAAACGUGUGAUUAUUCUGUGCAAAUUAGCAACACUUGAUUUUCUUUUUCUUGAAGUUUGAAUUCUUGAAACGACUCGUUAAAGGCAUAGUUUGACAUUUUAGGAAAUAUGUUUACUUUAUUUCAUAGUAUUACAUAUAAGAUUGAUACCACUUUAAUGUCUUUACAUUACCCAUUAGCUUAGCUUAGCAUAAAGACUUUAGAGCUGCUGGUAGGUGGAUUUUGUUACGUCUGCACAGAAUAGGCAUAUCUCAAAAAAUGUCAAACUAUUCUUCAGGGGAUGAAAAAAUAAAAUCUCCAAAAUGCAGUUUUUACAUGUGCAAAAAUGCACGUUUGCAAAUCUUAAAGCUUUUUCUUUUUCUUUUUGUUUUUUUUUUUUAAACCCUAUAACUUGCACUGAACUAUAAAAGCAGAAACAAAGACAUAGGCCAGAUUUGACUGUGAUUCCUGUUGCUGCAACAAAAAGCUUUCCUCUCUGGAUGUACACGACAACACAAGCAUCCCUCUGCCGUAAAACUGCACUAAACAAUAACACGUACAGGAACUGGAAACAAAAACUGGUUUGAAGUUGAAUGAGUGUUUUUACAUGAACAGCACCGUGACAGUCUCUUAAGUUGUUGUUGUUGUUGAUGUGGUAGAAGGUGGCCGACAGUAUUGAUGAUAUUUUAAUGUAUUCUGGGAGAAACAGACUGAAUGUAUUCCAAAACAUGACGUGUAUUUGACUUCAUAUCUGCAAAAAAAGCAAUACCAUGUGCACUGCAUUGUGUCAGUAUUAUCAAUAAACUGCAUU